CAGAAGAGCCGGCCCUAGAUAUAGUGGCAACAGCAUCUACAAUUUUUUUUUUAGAAAAACACACUCACACAGACCAUCAACUGUGCUAGCUUUGGCUCUGGUGAUCACAAAAGCCAUGGAUUCAGCAACCAAGAAACUACAACUCCUCUUCCCACCUUCCUCCACCCUCUUCCUCUUCUUCUUCUUCUUCUUCUUCUUCUUCUUACCAUUAACAACAUUCUCAAUACCCCAACAGUACCAUCCCCUAGACCCUCUCACCCCCUCCGAGCUCGCCCACGUCCGAACCCUCAUCGCUGCCUCCUACCCCUCCUCCUCCCACAACCUCACCUUCCACUACGUCGCCCUCCUCGAACCCCCAAAGCCUACCGUCCUCUCUUGGCUCUCCGACGCCACCGCCUCCUCCGCCGCCGCCCCACCUCGCCGUGCCGUCGCCAUCGCCCGCAUCGACGGCGCAACCCACGAAAUCACCGUCGACCUUUCGACCCUUUCUAUCCUCUCUGACGAGACGAUCGCCGGCGGCCGGCGCGGGUACCCGAUGUUGACGUUCGAGGAGCAGACGGCGGCGAGCAGGCUGCCGCUGACGUACCCGCCGUUCGCGGCGUCGAUAAAGAAGAGGGGACUGAAGCUGUCCGACGUCGUCUGUGGGGCGUGGACGGUGGGGUGGUUCGGAGGAGAAGAGGGGAGGCGGGUGUUUAAGGUUCUGUGCUUUUACGUGGAGGGGUCGCCGAGUUUAUACGUGAGGCCGAUUGAGGGGAUUACGACGGUGGUGGAUGUGGAGGAGAUGAGAGUGAUUGGGUACCGUGACAGGAGGAGAGUACCAGUGCCGAAAGCCGAAGGGACGGAGUACCGUGCGUCGCACCUGGCGCCGCCGUUCGGGCCUCAUCUCGGCGGUAUGGCCGUCGUGCAGCCGGAAGGACCGGGGUUCCGGAUUGAGGGCCACACUGUCAGGUGGGCAAAUUGGGUCUUCCAUCUGGGUUUUGAUAUUCGAGCAGGUCCAGUCAUAUCUCUUGCAUCAAUUUAUGAUCUUGAGAAGCAAAGAUAUCGCCGGGUGUUGUACAAAGGGUACAUAUCAGAGCAAUUUAUACCAUACAUGGAUCCAACCGAGGACUGGUACUACAAAGCCUUCUUGGAUAUAGGUGAAUACGGGUUUGGUCUAUGUGCAGUGCCACUAGAGCCCCUUUCUGACUGCCCUGCCAAUGCUGUUUUUAUGGAUCAGUACUAUGCUGGCCAAGAUGGUAAGCCUGUGAAAAUACCAAAUGCCUUCUGCAUAUUUGAACGGUCGGCUGGGAACGUUAUGUGGCGUCACACUGAGACUGCAAUCCCAGGAGAGGUGAUAAGGGAGGUUAGACCAGAGGUUAGCCUCGUGGCGAGGAUGGUCUCCACGGUGGGCAACUAUGACUAUAUAAUUGAUUGGGAAUUCAAACCCAGUGGUUCCAUCAUAGUCCAGGUUGGGCAUACUGGUGUACUAGAAACCAAGGGUGUCCCAUACACCCAUGUCAACCAGAUAAAGGAGGCUGUCUAUGGGACAUUGUUUGCAGAAAACACUGUAGGAGUAUACCAUGAUCACUUCUGGACCUAUUAUCUUGACCUCGACGUGGAUGGCGAUGCCAACUCCUUUGUCAAGGCCAAAUUGGUGAGAAAGCGAGUGAGGGACAAUGACUCACCAAGAAAGAGCUAUUGGACUGUUGUUAGAGAAACUGCCAAAACAGAAUCAGAUGCCCGAAUUCAAGUGGACUACUUGAAUCCAGCAGAGCUCCUAGUGGUGAAUCCUAACAAGAAGACCAAGCUUGGGAACUAUGUUGGGUAUAGGUUGAUUCCAGGGCCUGUGUGCAGUCCUCUUUUGUCUGAUGAUGAUUUCCCACAAAUCCGUGCAGCCUUCACCAAGUAUCCUGUCUGGGUUACUCCCUAUAAUGAGUCUGAAAAAUGGGCAGGAGGGCUAUAUGCUGAUCAGAGCCGAGGGGAUGACACCUUAGCUGUUUGGAGCCUCAGAAAUAGAAAGAUUGAAAGCCAGGAUAUUGUGCUAUGGCACAACAUGGCAUUUCACCAUGUCCCGUAUCAAGAAGAUUUUCCAGUGAUGCCGACAAGAACUGCUGGAUUUGAGCUUCGGCCGACCAAUUUCUUUGAGAGUAAUCCAGUGCUUAAGACAAGAAUUCCUAAGCAUGUGCCCUGGCCUAACUGCACCAGCAGCCCCUAGCUGGUUGAAUUUUUUACAUGUUGAUGUACUCUUGCAACAGAUUAAGAAAAUAAGUUCAAGCUGCAAGGACUUGCUUUUUGUGUUUUGAUAGUUUUGGCCACAUCUGUUGUACAAUAAGGGAUCAGUGUUUGCAGGUACUGUAGGUGUUGGGUGAAAUUCACUGUUUCUUCUCCAAA